GGGAUAGCAAUGACGUUAGGGUACCAGUGUGAAGACUACGUGUGUCCUGUUGUGAUUCAUCGAUAUGUGCAGAAUGCAGACGGAUACUGAAGCACUCAGAGGUCAAUGCUCUCUUUUGGACACAACUACAACACGAAGACUCGGAGAGCCGAGUCCCCUGUUGCAACAUGAACACAUGUACUUCCUUUUGCUCAUGGUACUCCUUAUUAUAUUAAUAACGACUUCUGAUUCGUAGACAGGAUACAAGAUACUGAAACACUGCAGUCAGCCAUGGACCUCAUACUGUAAUUCCUGUGAAGAAGACUCCAAUUACUCGGGACUGGCAUCGUGAGUGAAAUGCGGAGGCUUCAUAUAAUACUUAACCAUGCAUAAUGGUGUUCUUGCAAGUUAUACGUCGACUUUUGACCAUCGUCAUUAAUUAACGUGUACAGCACGAACCAUCAGCGAACCACUGCACGUCCUGAACUGCUCGUUACAGUGACGUCAUUCCAUGGGAGGCGUGACAUGCAUUGCACAGUCAUCGACUCGGGAAGGGGAACUUCCGUACAUAUGUCUGCGAAGUUCCAUAGGGAUAGGAUGAGUACUAACAAAUUUGUAAUUCAUAAUUUUUAUACCGUAAAUUGACGAUGUAAAACAGUGCAUAUUGUUCAUUGACGCGUGUCGCUGUCCAACUGUAUGUAAACCAUCAGGCCUAUCUUGGUAUUCAUGUAUGAUAAUUGUAAUGGUCAUAGAUUACAAAACGAUCUUUUUUGUAUAAUGACGGUGAAGGAACUUUUAUGACCGGUGUAUACAUCGGCGUAUCGAGAGGCCGCGCAUAAGAGGCGACAGCACUGGCACAGAACCAAGUUCAUUCGAUCAGCAGACAUGAGAUGGUGGUGACUGCAAAAUGGACUAGGCUGAGCUCUGCUUACACACUGUGUACACUGCACAGUCCAUAAGGGCAACCUAGCUCGAUUGAAUAUUCGACGGCCGAGUGGGCAAGAUAUAGUCGGCAAAUACAUCAAACCGACAAGUCUGCACAAUGUGCAUGAUUCGGACAUACUCACUAUUACGGAUGUUUUACACAAUCGUACUCGUGUACGUUUUUGUCGUGUGCUUACUGGUGGGCUAUUCUGUGGUCGGCCCCGAUGCCUACCCACCAACCACUGAAAAGCCUACAGUACCGAGCAUAGAUGACCUAGAAGAGGCGUCUUUAAAUAUUUCAAGCAUACGCCAAACCGAAGAAGAAUGGGAAAGGAUUUCCGAUGAAAUUCCAGACUGGGCCAACAUAACCACUGGUCCACUAUUCAGCGAUGAAGUGAUCAACCCUCACCCUUUCAACUUCACGAUUGCAAACAAGGACGCGUGUUUCAGGAGAAACGACACCAAAGGCCAAUUGUUCCUGGUUAUUCUCGUCAAGUGCCGGCCAAAUGAGACUUACGACCGGGAACAGAUCCGACGAACCUGGGGAGGCGUUAAGCAGGUCUUAGGGCGACGGACUCUAACGAUGUUCCUGGUUGGGCAGACCACAGACUCGGUGGCCAAUAGCAAAUUGAGAGAUGAAGACAACGACCACCGUGAUUUCAUUCAAGAAGAUUUUAUCGAUGCCUACCACAACAUGACCCACAAGACAAUCAUGGGGUUGAAAUGGGUGGCCCUGUUCUGCCGCCAAGCUAGUUACGUGUUGAGUGUAGACUCCGACAUGACACUCAAUAUCUACAAUCUGGUCGUUCGGUUGAUAGAAAUGCCCAGAACGAGCUUUGCCGAGGGAAACCUACGAGCUGACCCGAAGCCACACAGGAGCAGGGAGUCCAAAUGGUACACGCCGUACGACAUGUACCCAGAGCCCACGUACGCGCCAUUUUUGAACGGUGCGUGCUACGCCAUGUCUGGCGAUGUUGCUAUAUCUGUCUACCGCGAGUCGGUACACGUGCGGUUUUUGCAGUGGGACGAUGUCUUUGUAGGCCUAGUGAUGAAGCGGGUAGGCGUACAACCAGGACUGUGUCCACUCUACGAACAAUUUCACGGGGUAAAAGUUGCACUAAGGCGAGGCAUAGGCAGGGGACUCCGUCACAAUAUCAAGAAAGUUAACGAGUACGUCAUCAACAUUUGGGAAAAUGUAGUUGGGAAGCGUUUACGAAACGAAAACAAGACGCCACACUUUGCCUGGUCCUUGUUAUUACUCAACGUGGUUUUCAUUGUCGCCAUUUGUAUCGGCUGCAGUAUCCACAUAUGGACCAUAGCAGAGACUGAAAAAGCCUAAACCUUUGGAGUCUGAAACACGAAAGGCAAAACGUUCGCAUGAUAUUUUUAGGGUCGGAGGUUUUGGCAGCUUGACGGUAUUACGUUUGUAUCAGUGACUAGGUUAUCAUUAAGAAGAAUCUCUAUAUAUAUGUGGCUUCUUAUCGGAAUUUUGCCCGUUUACCAGUUUAUUUUAUUUGUAUCGGAGUGCAUGAAUUUAUGAAUAAAUCCCGGGUACGGCCGAUGUUCAUAAAAACAAUCUUCCUAUAAUUGUCAAACCACAAUAUAACCGCAGUUUGCUGCUAAUCUAACUCUUAAAACCUAUAUCUAAGUUACAUUUGACAGGAGCAUGCGCUCUUAAAUCAAAAUAUUUUACCGUCGCACACGAUUCACCAAAUCACCCGGACAUUUUCCCCCAACAAAAUAAACAGGGUCAAAGUCAACAAACGGUGUUUGUAUAAUGCUAUGUCAUGAUGGUUAGUCAUUAAUUAGCCAGCUGUUGUACAUGAUGAAUGGUGAUUUGGCGGGUGUAUGAAUUAAAAUGUUGUUGGCAACUAACAAGCAGAAAACUGGGAAUGGGACUUUGAGGACUACAGAAACAGGUUGCUGUAAGGUUAUAUGAAAAUUUACCCUGGAUUUGUGUUGUUAUCUGCAGAUCCGUUUCUUGAAUACUAGGGCCAAGUUUUUGAGAUCAAAGUACAACUUCUACUGAUGUUUAUCUUUGCCUUCCAUUGUUCACCGUACACCAAACUUACAAUCUCAGCCCUGUAAACAUUCCCAGAAUGAUCACAAGUUUUAUAAUUGCAGUUUUAAGAAUAAAGGUCAGAGCAAUUUCGAGUGACCCUUAAACCAUAUCCGAACACAAUACAAUAAUAUCCUUCUCGUUUCUAUGGAAAAAAUGCAAGCAUUUAUACAAGGUGUAUUUAAAAAAAAGGUAAUAAAAAGGGUCGGUAUGUAAUUCAUGACUGUACGAGUGCAAAUAGGGUAUCGAAGGUAAGCCAGUAAAUCACUCUGUUAGAUGCAACCACACUGGCAGUGUUCAAGUUCAUAUCUGUAACACACAUUGAUCCGUAAAAUUUGGAUUUUAUUUUAAUAUUCCGUGUACAACUCAAGUUUUAAACAAGAAUCAAACAACCAAGAUAAUAUUUGGAACCAAAUCAACACCUCUCUGGCAAAAGUGUUAAAACACUCUGCAUUGAAUGUAAUAUUGCACACCAAAUAUAAUCACGUUAAAAUGCAUAGAGAAAAUGUUAUUGGAAUUAAAUUACGUGAUUUAUAUGCUUAUUUUUUCGUUGGACUAUCGCCGGAGUUUGGUGUAUUAUGCAUCAUAUAGCGAGUGACGUUUAUGAGCCUAAUGACUGACGACAGCACCACAUCAUGCAUCGCUGUGAUUGAUGAGCCAUUAUGAUAGCAGCGAUACAUUAUGGUUCUUGUUGACGGGCUCAACCAAUUUAAUACGGCAAUAAAAUCAGGCGGGGCAUUUCUCAUGCACAAUUUUAAAUGUCAUUUUUUUUCAUUGAAAAAGACAG